AUUAAAAAUGUUUCCAAUUGUAAAAAUAAUCCUGACGGUCGGCAUUUUAGCCACUUUUGUCUGCCCUGGAUAUUCUAUUAAGUGCUACCAUUGCACUUCCGUAGUGAAUCCCAAGUCUUGUGGAAUGAACUUCCUAUUUGCCAAUCAGUCACUUUAUGACUGCCCGGAAGCUAAUGGUCAUCGUCGUGCAGUGGGUUGCUCCAAAUCUUACAAUUCUACAAUUGUCAUUAGAGAAUGUUUUUAUGGAAAUAAGCUGAAUGCAACAGCUGAGUGUAAUAAGUCUCUAUAUUCAAAGAAUUGCACAGUUUGCUUCAAGGAUGGAUGCAACAAAUCGCCAUCAAUGGCUCCUGUGGCAGGCGCCAUUCUUUUAAUGUUGGGUGUGGCACGAGUCUUAGCCUAGAAAAAUACUAUCCUUGAAGUGUACCA